AUGGAUGAUAGCGACAGCAGCUCGGAGGGGUCUCUGGGCUCUGCUUCAUCAAUAUCAUGCCGAAGCCCGGAUGACAGCAGCAGCAGCAGCAGCAGCAGCAGAUCCCACAGCAGCAGCAGCAGCAACCGCAACAGCAACAGCAGCAGCAGGACACUUGGUAUGGUAUUAACAGGAGAUAUAGAUGAAGCAACAGCAGCACUACAAAAAAGAAUAGAGAUAGUAGAUGAUUCUGCUGCUGCUGCUGCUGCAGCAGCAGCAGCAGAUAAUUCAGGUGUAUCUGCUGCUGCUGCUGUCAGCAACCUAAAAGAAAAACACAUUGCUAUGAUCAGCAAUCUCUCACAAAGAGAAAUACUAGCAGUAGAAGGGAAAACCCUUGAUGAUGUUCUUGCUGAUGUUGCACCAGAGGUUGCAGCAAGAGUUGAACAGGUUGCAGCUGAGCAAGCAGCAGCAGAGGCUGAGGAUUCAGAUGCUGCUGCAGCAGCAGCAGCAGCAGCUGCAGCUGCUGCAGCAGCAGCAGCAGCAGCAGGAGAUGAUGAUGAGCCAACUCCUGAGCAACUUAUUAACAUUGCUAAGUUUGUUCCCCUGAGACUUACCUAUGAAGAACGUCGUUGUUUACGUUUAUUAGAAGGAGCAUUAGAGGUAUCUGAAUAUAGCGAUAAAGUAGAUAUAAUUUGUACAAAUAAAACAAAAAAAAUCGUCAAAGAAAUUCGUCAUCUUUGUGCUCUUCUUGUUGGUCUACUUAUUGCUGAUGAUUUUGUAAAUACUGUUUAUUCACUCUUGGCCUCAAAGAAAAAUGGAUUGGCCCUCCUUAAGGAUCCUCUUGUUCAUAUUGCUACUAGAGAGAUAAUGCCCCAGAAUAAAACAAGAGCACAAAUAGAUAAAGAAAUAAAAGAAAAAGAAGCAGCAAUAAAAACCCUUACGCGUAAAUAUGCAUCUAAUCAACCCGUCAAACAGAAAGCUCUAUUUGGACUCAGGGUGUAA